CAUUUGGGCAUAUCACUACUGGAACAUUGAAGAGAAUAUCGAGAAAUAUGCAAAGGAGGCUUUAACAUUAAUCAAAGAACUUAUCAUGGACGAAAUUACAAGAGAAUUUUCUCUAGCCAAAGUCCUGCAAGAGUCCAAAGUGACAGUCUAUGACCCUGUGCACGGUGAAAUCCAGUUCGACAUCUACCUACCCUUCCCAGUAAACUCACUUGAAACCAUGCCCAGGAUCGUUCCAUACCUGACCAGAACUGGGAAUUCCAUCACUAGAUACAUUCCAGACGUGGCAACCAUCAAGCAGUACUAUAACAAUUAUGUACCAACAAUCCUGUCGACAAAUAAUGCAAGCAGUUUUUAUCCGGGAAACUACUACAUUCAUUACUGAAGCAGCCUGGACCAGCCUACCCUAAAUCAUAUGGACAUCACAACGUGCAAACUUUAAAAAAAAGUGACAUUAUGAAAACCUGACCUUAUGAACAUUUGCUAUUUAUUGUUGACUCCAAAGAUUUAUUUUUAUCGUCUUAAUUUAUGGGCAUGUUAAAAACAAAUAAAACAAUUAUUUUAAGCAUU